AUGCGAUCCGCCGUGAAGGAUAAUGGCGCCACAGAUCUCCAUACCUUGCAAGAGGAGCUGAAAAAGCUCGGCAUCAGUGUCGUCUCUGGUCGUCAGGAUACUGUCAUCUCAGUCAAGAUAAAGGGUCUCGCUGGUCGUGCUCUGAUUCGAGGGCUGAAAUUGGCUGACCAACUCCUUCAGGAGAAGAUCAAACACGCCAUCAAAGCGUGCACAGACCCAGCGACCAAACUCUUUAUCGACCCGACAUUUGGACCGUUUAGUAGUGAUCCAGAUGGAGCAGCAGCGAUGUGCAAAGCUGGAGGAGUUAUCCCGUCUAAAGGGGGGUCGCAACAUCAAGCAAAAGUCCUUGGACUAUUGCAGCGAGGGAAAAUCCGCUGGGAACGACCGAGUUAUGCUUCAGAUAACGAGGAAGACGACAGUCCGCAGGAAGACGAGGAUGAUAUUUACUCCAUGUCGUCUAGUGAUAAUGUAUUCGCAUCAAAUGCAAAGCUGUUCGCUGAUGGAGUGUCAUCCGGAGACGUGAUUCAGGGAAAUCUCGGCGAUUGCUGGUUUUUGAGUGCAUUGAGUGUGGUUGCUACACGGUCGGACUUACUUGAGCAGACAUUUUGGCGACGCGAUGAGCACAAGUCGAAAGGACUGUUUGUCUGCAAAUUCAUGAAGAAUUUUGUAUGGAACUACGUUCUUAUCGACGACCGCUUGCCAGUUUUCGGCUUCACCGACAAGAAGCCAGGCAAACCUUACUUCGCUCGCUGUCGUAAUCCGGACGAGCUUUGGGUCUCAUUGUUAGAGAAGGCUUACGCUAAACUGCAUGGAAGCUACGAGGCGCUUAUCGGAGGCUUCGUAGACUGCGCUCUGAAUGACUUAACCGGCAUGUGUGCAGAGCAAAUUAUCUUGAAAGAAGGGUUUCCUGGGUUUGGUGAGAAUCCUUAUUCCCCUGCAAAACCGCUACAGAAGCACGGGGAUCCGUUCUGGGAGAAAAUUUCACGUUAUAAGAAUUCCGGGACUCUAAUGGGGUGCUCCAUUCAACCGCCUGUAACCUCCUCGAAAGAGGUCGCAGUAGAAUCCAGCGCAGGAAAUGGACUAUACUUCAAACACGCAUACGCGCUCGUGGAUGCAGCAGAGAUUAAAACAGCGAAAGGAGAAAUUGUUCGACUAGUGAAGCUUCGGAAUCCAUGGGGAAUGGGAGAAUGGACCGGACCUUGGUCCGAUUCAAGUGAUGAGCGUGCAGCGAAUGAGGACGCUAUUGAGAAAUUCUUCAAGAUAAUGAGGCGAAAAGUGGGAGCGAAUGCCGAUAAGAGGGUGUUUAUGACCUUGAACGUUCAAGGGAUUGUUGGAGCUGAUGAGAUUUCCCAAGAAGAAGUGGUCGAGAUGAACACAAACGACGGGACUUUCUUUAUGUCUUUUGACGCCUGGAUGCAGUCCUUUACUCACUUCUUCGCUGGCAUCGAUUUUCCAGAUUCCUGGCAUGGUCGUCGGUCCGAGGGCAGCUGGAAUGAAGCUAAUUGUGGCGGGAAUACCAUGAAAAACACGUGGAUAAACAACCCUCAUUUCGAGCUGGUACUCGAGCAACGAGCUCGAAUUUUUGCGUCUUUAAGCCAGGAAGAUCCUCGUGGAAGUGCGAACCUCAAGAUUGUACCAGUAGGUUUCCACAUCUGCUCUCUUAGUCCAGUUGGCAACGACCCCAACAAGUUGGAGAUCAGAGAACCCUCGAAGAAACUUGAUGCGUAUUAUCGACUAUACAAACCAGUCGAUCGAGAGAGCUAUCAGUCCGGCAAACGACCAGAACCUUUGCCACCCGCGAUUAUCCCCGGGACGGCCAUCCCGGGAGUUGAUGACGACGGCGUUCCACAAGCUGCUUACACGUUUAAACAAGCCGUUUCGGUAGGCUCUGUUGUGGAAGCUACGAUGGAACCGGGCAGGUAUUGUAUUAUUCCCAGCAUGUACAUGAGAACGGAUAAAGUUACUGGAGAUACCAACGUUGGGAAUUUCUGGAUCUCGGUUUAUUCGGAUAAAGCUUUAUUUCGCUUGGAAGGGGGUGAGAAAAUCGUCGAAGAAGAGGAAGGGGAGGAAGACACGUUAAGUACGAUCGGAUCAAACAGGAAUUUGACUGUCGGAGCAGCUAUGUUGACCCGACAAUUGUCGUCUACCAGCACUAGAAAAUCGGAUACGAUUGUGGCCACUGGAAACGCAAAUGCUGCUGAAAAGCGACGGAAAUUUGAGAACGAAAAAGAAGAAUUAUUGCGACAAGCAAAGCGAUAUGGUAUCGGACUCCGUGAAUUGAGAGCAGCGUUUGCUAAGACGUCGAGAGUCUCAAAAGCGGAAUGUCGACAGAAAUUACAGAAAUUGGGCUUCAAUGUUGCAAGCUGGGAUGAUGAGAAACUUGGAUUACUGUUCGGAGGACUGGACCAAGUGUCAAAAAAUGGGAUGAUUCAAAGUGACCGAAUUCUGACGUUAUUUACUCCAGAUAUCCAGGAAGAGAAAAUGGCAUGUGAACUCCCAGACAUGGAAGAAGACGGAGACACUCCGGAUAGUAUACAUCGAGAAGGUGUUCUCGAGAUCGAACUACACGGAGUCAGUGGGCUUACAGUUGGUGAAAAACGACAGUCUUUUAUGCAACGCAAGGUGGCGAUUCCAGCGCCUACGUUCUCAAUGGCACAUACUUGUAUUCGACGAAAAAUCGCGAUAGAAAUACUGGAACGAGAUCCAUCGAUGGCGUGGCAUCUUCGCCAGUUUGCAAAGAAAUCGACAUUGUUAAGUCAGUAUACUUUGAAGCAAACCCGCGAUGGUUCUAUGCGGUCUUCGGUACAGGUUCUUACCCCCGUGACGGCGUUUUACGAGCUGUUGGACAAGGAGUAUGCAGCUCGGGUUAUGUCUCGUUUGACCGUGCAAGAUAAACUCGAGUACGUCGUCCCUGUCGGUCGAAUAUCCAGCUACUCCAAGCGAGAUGGAGCGUCUUCGUUCUACCCUACGGUAUCUUCUCGAAGCUCUCCAGUAUGGAAUCUACCCCCUACACCGUCAAGCGCACUGGAACUACAUAAGAGCAACCAUAUCCGAGAUCUCGAAGCUAAGCGAUCAACAAAGCUUGCGUUGCUACUUCAGCACAAACAACAAGCACUUGGCGACGUGGAGAAAACCGCCGCUCUACCUCGUUUAAUUGGAGGCCGGAAGAGUGGCUCCAGCCAUGUCAGGUGUGUCGAUUGUGGAGCUCGAGUACGUGUUGGAGGCCGGUCGAAGACUGGCGUGUCCGACGAUGUUGACAGCUGUCCGUGCAACGGAGCGAACUGCGUCAAUGUGUUUUGCUCGGUCUGCUACUCACUGCUUCCUACUAAAAGCAAGUUGUGUGAAGAGUGCUAUCAACACGAAAUAGCUUUGGAAGAGAGGUUCGGUGAACAACUUCGAGGCGUGUUGAUUGAGAAGGUCGGAGCGUCAGACCAACAACGUUCUCAUCUUGAACAAGUCUUUUGUUCUUUCGAUGUGGAUGAAUCCGGCUCAUUAAGUCCUCAAGACAGUUCGACGCGAAUGGUGAUGGUGAAAUCAGUCUAA